GGUUUCGAGGCGGGUGAAAGGGACGUUGCUCAGAUGCGAGGGAGUCCUCAGACAUUAUUUUCAUGAUUUCCUCAUGCAGCUACUGUAACUGUCAUUCGAUACUGCUGUCAGUUGUGGUUUUGAUUCGCCUGCUUUCGUUAUCCACGUAGUCUUAUUUAUUUAUAUUGCAUUGAAUAUCCUCUUCGUUUAUUUCCAGGUGAUACAUGGUCGCAUGUUUUAGCCUCUCCGUUUUGGACGGAUACGUUUAGAAGUCACCACCAAAAACAAUACUCUGUAACAACGGGUGUAAUCAUUAGACCAAACAGUUGCAAAACGGACUGAAACAUGAGUUUUUAGUUGACAAAUUCAGGUAGGUCCCUCCCCGUUUCGUUCAGUUGCUUCCUUUUAAGAAACGUUUUGCAACAUAAUAGGCGUAAUGAAUAUACACCUAUAACGAUACUCUGUCUGUCACAAUGCCGCUCGAGUAACAGCAAUCAGCCACCUACAUUUAAUCCAGUAGAUAACCUUCUGAAGUUCUGCUUUCAUCGCUCCUGGCUGGGGUUAUUUCAUAACCAAGAACACGGCGCUCUCACAAAAAGCCAGCUCUGUGCCAGGCAAGAUGACCACAGCCAGGUAUCGGCCCACCUGGGACCUGGCCCUGGACCCGCUGGUCUCCUGCAAACUGUGCCUUGGAGAGUUUCCCCUGGAGCAGAUGACCACCAUCACUCAGUGUCAAUGUGUCUUCUGUACACUGUGCCUGAAGCAGUACGUGGAACUCCUGAUCAAAGAGGGGCUCGAAACUGCUAUUAGCUGUCCAGACUCUGCCUGUCCAAAACGAGGACACUUACUGGAAAACGAGAUCGAGUGCAUGGUGGCUUCAGAGGUUAUGCAGAGACACAAGAAGCUACAGUUUGAAAGGGAGGUGCUUCUGGACCCGUGUCUGACGUGGUGCCCGUCGUCGUCGUGCCAGGCAGUGUGCCAGCUGAAGGAGACUGAGGUGGCGCUGCCCCAACUGGUGCAGUGUGCCGUGUGCACCCUGGAGUUCUGCUCCGCCUGCAAGGCUAACUGGCACCCCGGGCAGGCCUGCCCACCACCGGAGAACAACCUGCCCAUCACCGCCUUCCUACCUGGAGAGACCAGCUCCUUCUACAAGAGUGACGAUGACGACGGUCCCAUCAAGCGCUGUCCCAAGUGUAAGGUGUACAUCGAGAGAGACGAGGGCUGUGCCCAGAUGAUGUGCAAGAACUGCAAACAUGCCUUCUGCUGGUACUGCCUGGAGUCACUGGACGAUGACUUCCUCCUGAUCCACUUUGACAAAGGACCCUGUCAAAACAAACUAGGCCACUCCAGGUCAUCUGUCAUCUGGCACAGAACACAGGUGGUGGGGAUCUUCGCUGGCUUUGGCCUGCUCCUGCUGGUGGCCUCUCCCUUCCUCCUCCUGGCCACACCAUUCAUCCUCUGCUGCAAGUGCAAGUGCAGCAAAGGAGAUGAUGACCCCUUUCCCACCUAAACCUCACCCAACCAACACAGGCGGGUGAAGAGUCCGCCCCCCUCCCCGCCAUGGGCCAUUUUUUUUCUCAAUUUUUUCCCCCCCUAUUGCCUCCCUCCAACCUUGGAGUGCUGCUUCAUUUAAUGGGACUUGGGCCUAGCCACAUCCCAGUCCAUCUCACUCCACAGUGUCAUGGUGGGAGUGGAGGAGGAGGAGUCGACCCCAUGCCCACUGGGCUGGUAGAAGUGGUCACAGGUCAGACUUUGAGGAGGACAAUGAUGCCCCUCUCUGUGUGGAUUUGGAGGCUUGUGUAAGUAUACUGUAGCAGGGCCACUCUGAGGCCUCGGCUGUGCUUCAGGCAGUACAAGACAAGAGGAGGGUGUUUUAUCAAGAUGAAGGAUAAACCCAUUAGGAUGUCUUGAUCAGGGUUGGGCUUAAUUCUAAUUGAAGGCAGGUCAUUGAGGAAUUAAACAAAAAUUCAAUAAUUGAUAAAAUUGCAUUUAUUUUAAAUUACUUCUCAAUAAACUUAACUGUAUAAACGUUUUAUUUCAAAAGUUUUUACAUUUCAGAAUUUAAAAUUCAAAUCACUUCCAUGAAUUGACUGCCUUCAAUUUGAGUUGAGCCCUAACCCUGUUCAGAUCCUCUCCUUGGGACGUUUUCAUGCCAGAACAGCUUGAAUCGGAGGACCUUUCACUUGAACUCACUUUAAUCAAGUUUUGUUAGUUUGUCGAACACAAAGCUCCCUCCCCCCUCCCUCCACUCUCUCUGUGUAGCUGUCAACACACAGGAAGUAGCACUGGAGUUACAUGAUGACCCACGUUUUGUGUUCACUCUGUUUGCACAUGAGACUCCCGUUUGUCACUUUAAGGACCGGGGCGGGAGUUGGGACGUUUUCUCUCUCACUCCCCUGUACAGCACGUUCUCUUGUUGAUGUCAGUGUUUUUGUAAUCUUUCGCUCUGUUCCAACUAUCAGCAAGAAAGUAUUAAUUUUACAAACUGGAUUUGAACUCUUAUGUGUCUACAGGUAUUUGUGAGGGUGUCCCAAACUCACUCUCACGUCCCAAUAAGAUAAUCAUGGGCCUGUAUUCACACAGUCUCAGAGUAGGACUGCUGAUCUAGGCAAGACUAAACUAAUCCUAGGUUAGCACGCUUACUCUGAAACACUUUGUGUAUACAGGCCCUGAACCUUAGUGUCGUCAUCCACACAGACGGAAACAAACUAUUUGGAAUCAACAGAAGCGACUUCUGUUGUCAAAUGGAAUACCUGAAUAUAGAUGUCAUGCCGUUUUAAUUCAGAGUUCCUCUGAACCCAGAUAAGCAUAUUGCUUAGCCAAAUAGAACAAAUGGUUUUAAAUAAAUGACAAAAGUAGCCAAAAAGCCACCUUAGUAUUCUGAAGAAGAAAAAAUAGUCUUGCAAAAACAUGGCUUUUGUCCAGUUCCGUCCUUGUGAAAGCACACUUAAAUAAUGAAUUUGUUUAAUGCAUCACAAUCAGUCAUUAAAACCUGUUUAUUGUCAGGUAGAACAUAAGAGAUGAAUUCAUGUCUCUCUCUGAUACAAAGAUGUCUCUUCAUAUCAUCCAUAUCACAUUGAUGUUGGUCGUAUAUAUCCAACUACUGUAAUGAACAAUAAUCCUAUACAAUGAUUUUUGUUGUGUGAACUAGUGGAAAACUUGCAUAUGUUAGUGGUAUGGUUGUCAAUGUUUUCAUUGGGAGAAAGUCGAGAGCUCACUCUCUCUACAUGCAGCUAACCUUUGCAGGGCUAUCAAAAUGUCAAGAACUUCACUAGACUGUUUUGGACACAUCCGAAAGCUGCUCUACACAUCACUGUAUCUAUGCAAGUUUGUGUGUUUCCAAUUUUACUAGGUCUUGCUAAUAGUGUGGUCAUAUCAAGCUGUCCAGUAUGUUAUACCACAGUCCCUGUGCCAUCUCUUCAUACGGUAAUGUUUUACAAUAGGGUGGUUGACUUGCGUCAGAUGUAACAUGGUUGAUUUGACCAAUCUGGGAAGCCAUACAUUAGUUAAUCACCGUCAUUUGUCCUCAUGUUGUUCCAUUAGACUGUGGUGAGGAUGCAUGUAGCUACACACUUUCUCACUCUGAAACACAUUUAAAAGGGCAAUCUGCUGCAUCCAUUUUUGGACUUUUAAAUUCAUAAUAUAUAGCCGUUGAUUCAUGAAGAAUAUAACGGUCUCAUGAGCUUAGGUCAACUGUAUAACCCCAUUAGAAACCAAACUAUAAGCUUGUUUUACUCAUUUGUAAACACUAAUAAUUCCCACUCAUUUUAUUGCUUGAACUGAAGAUUGACCCUGAACUCAAGAGAUGAGUCAUUAUCAUUCCGUCCAUCACUUACCUACUUUGGAACACACACAGAAUACUGAGAAACUCUUCAGAGAAGUCCCUGAUUUUUAAUGUUGCUCUCCUUGUAGAAUUCAAAUAGGGGCUAUGGCAGUUAAUGGAACUAGCAUCAGAGGGGCUAUGGCAGUUAAUGGAACUAGCAUCAGAGGGGCUAUGGCAGUUAAUGGAGCUAGCAUCAGAGGGGCUAUGGCAGUUAAUGGAACUAGCAUCAGCUAUCACCUUACCUCAUGGUAGCCAUUCCUUUAAAAACAAAGAGAAUGUUAGCCUAAAUGUUUGAAUACCUCGCCUGCAGCCUCGUUUUCUUCUAACCCUUAAUGCGUCUCAGCCUGUAAUUCCCCCCAAAAUUCUGUUGAUCUUAUUGACCCUUCUUUUCUGUCAGUAAGGAAUAUAAAGGUUUCAACUGAACACGUGGAUCACUGAGCUGACCAUGUCUUUGUAUGACAAUCGUGCCAAGAAAGUCUCUUGUGGUUGGCAAUGGUGAAAUUGAAUGGUGUAGAGUAAGUGAAUAGUUUGAAGCGUCCAAGAAUUUGUCAAAUAAAAGGUGCGAUAUUGUUUCCAUAUGGUGUGGAUGUUAAUGUUGGAGAUUGAGCCUUGGAAUACUCUAUGGUAUGACGUGUACUAUUGUUUUGGUUUUCAAGAUGUAGUAUGUUCAUUAAAUUCUGUAGUUCUUUAUGGAAUUGUUGAGUUUUUGAAUGGGUUCGGAGAUCAGAAAUGUAGCUGCUAUUUCCAGGUUUCCUCAACUCGGAGACUUGGAAGGACGGCAUUGCAGGACUAUAGGAAAUGUAACACUCAACUUGUUUCCACUUCUCUUAUCAUCCGUUUGGUUGAGCUGAGAAGAAAUCUUGAAUAUUUGUUUUCUGACUCAACUGAUUUAGGUUGCUGGCUUUUCAUAUGGUUACACAGUAUCUACCAAUCAAACUCCAAGGACUCGUACAGUCAUUGGUGUCAUCUGGUUUCAUUCAGCAUUAUGCAGCAAAGGGCCAAAAAACAUACAUUUAAACGCCAUUCACCUUGAGGUGAGGCCAUGCAUGUUGCACAAUUAUUUUCUAAGAUUUGAUACUUCUAUUGCUUUGUCCACAUUUCUACUGAGAUAAAUGUAGGUUGUCAAAAAAUUCUGUUGCUCUUGUUUUUAAAAUGCAUGUUGUUCUCUACCAUUACUAUGCGUUUUAAGAACCCAUACUAUGCCUCUUCAUUUUAGGGACUGAAACAAGUCCUUAAAUUUCAGAAGUUUUCAGUCAUGACAUACCGGUAGUCUUUAUCCUGGCUUUGAAGUUUGCCUUUCACACUUAAGAUACUGUACGUAGGUUGCCUUUGUUAUACUUGUUCUGUUGGCUUUGAUGCAGUUAAUCAUACGUUUAAUUACUUUCAACUAUUUUCAUCUUUUCAAAAGAUGUAACCUUUUAAAUUGACAUGUGUGGAUAUCCUUCGAUAAACCAACAUUGUACUUCUCCCAUGUAUCUACUGUUUCACUAACACUGUGACAUGGAAUAAAUGUGGUUGUUUUUUGUGA